CACUCCUCGACGACAAUGGCGAGCAGCAUCUACCGUCUUGCUGGCCACAGCGCCAAGCGGUUAUGCCUCCGGCCAGCCGCAACCACAGCCGCCUCCUUCGCCGCCCGGUCCCUCUCCACGACACCCCUUCGAAGAUACGCGACACCCAGCCCCGAAUACCAGGGGACCCGCCUCGUCCCCGUCGACUCCGACUUUGGCAUCCCCGUCAACCCCAACGCCCCACAGGGGGACGAGGCCGACAAGAGCGUAUCGGCAGUGUCGGGCGAAGAGUCGGCCGAGGGCAGGAAGGUCAGGCACUACACCGUCAACUUCGGACCGCAGCAUCCCGCCGCCCACGGCGUGUUGCGAUUGAUUCUGGAGAUCAAUGGCGAGGAGAUUAUCCGCGCCGAUCCCCACGUCGGUCUGCUGCAUCGUGGCACCGAGAAGCUGUGCGAGUACAAGACCUACCUCCAGGCUCUGCCCUACUUCGACCGCCUCGACUACGUCUCCAUGAUGACCAACGAGCAGUGCUUCUCCCUGGCCGUCGAGAAGCUUCUCAAUGUUGAAAUCCCCGACCGUGCGAAAUGGAUUCGGACCCUGUUUGGCGAGAUCACCCGUGUCCUUAACCAUCUGAUGUCUGUCCUGUCUCACGCUAUGGACGUCGGUGCCCUGACGCCCUUCCUCUGGGGUUUCGAGGAGCGAGAGAAGCUUAUGGAAUUCUACGAACGUGUCUCCGGUGCACGUCUCCACGCCGCCUACGUCCGCCCCGGUGGCGUCUCCCAGGAUCUUCCCAUUGGCCUGCUUGACGAUAUCUACCAAUGGGCCACCCAGUUCGGUGACCGCCUUGACGAAACGGAGGAGAUGUUGACGGACAACCGCAUCUGGAUCAACCGUCUGCAAGGCGUUGGCGUCGUCAGUGCCGCUGACGCCCUCAACCUUUCCUUCACCGGUCCCAUGCUCCGUGGCUCGGGUGUCCCCUGGGACAUCCGCAAGGCCGCUCCCUACGACGCCUACGACCAGGUCGAGUUCGACGUGCCCGUGGGCGUCCGCGGCGACUGCUACGACCGGUAUCUCUGCCGGAUGGAGGAGUUCAGGCAGUCUCUCCGCAUCAUCCACCAGUGCCUGAACAAGAUGCCCCCCGGCCCCAUUCGCGUCGAGGACUACAAGAUCUCGCCCCCCCCGCGCGCCGCCAUGAAGGAGAACAUGGAGGCUCUCAUCCACCACUUCCUCCUCUACACCAAGGGCUACUCCGUGCCCCCCGGCGAGACCUAUUCCGCCAUCGAGGCCCCCAAGGGUGAGAUGGGCGUCUUCGUCGUCAGCGACGGCAGCGAGAGGCCGUACCGUGUCCACAUCCGUGCCCCUGGAUUUGCUCACCUGGCCGGCUUCGACCAUGUGUGCAAGGGUCACUUGCUUGCUGAUGCUGUGGCGGUCAUUGGUACUAUGGAUCUUGUGUUCGGUGAGGUUGACCGAUAGAUGUUGGUUUAAGAGGGCAAAAUGAGGUAGAGGAUCGUAAGGUCUAUUCCGUUUGUACUAGUAGGGAAAAGACAGAGCAUCAAGUUGACGUAUAUAUCACAUCGUUCUUUUUUGUUUCCUAAGUUAUCAUUUUUUCCCACACAAUAUUGCCCGUGAUAUUGCAUUCCGCCAUGGUGGAUACGAUGUGUGCCACACUACUCUCGUCUCGUGGUAUGACAGACUGGCAAAGAAGUUUGAUACUGUUGUAAGGUAGGUAGUGAUACAUUGCAUAGUACACGGGGAUGGAAGGGCAAAAUAUAUGUACAGCAGCCCAUCUUAUACAAGCUUAGCUCCGCUUCC